AUGAUCCGCGUUGUUGAACUUUCUUUUCUAACUCAACUUAUCUCAGAUUGCUGCGGCCGCAUUCUACCCUCGUCCUAUGUCACUGGAUCAAGAUCUGUCAUUCCGCCAAUCGGUGAUCCGCGAUCCCUGUUGACAUUGCCCUCCUGUUGCGCCAUCGGUCCUCGCCUCCUCCUCAUGCCCGGCCAAUUCCCACCCGGCGACUCAGGCUGCCAUACCGGCCAGGCAGCUGCCAUCAAACGACUUUGUCCCGGUACAGGAGGCCCUCCAAACUGUCAUGCGGCCGCUAGGCUACAUUGUUGCCAUGCUGGAAAGAUGGAGCCAACUGUUGCCAACGCCCCGGUUGGCAACUUGACAGGCUGUGCUUUGAGUAAUUGUUAUCCCGUUGGCGGCCGAAGUCUGCAGAAGGCCUGGUCGGCCGGACGACGAGGAAAGAGGCAGGAGACGGUUGUCAACAGCGGAACCGAACCGGACGAGGAAAACGGUGAAGAAGGUGAAGAUGACGACGACGAAGAAGAGGAAGACGGAGCUGAAAAUGGAGAUGAAGCCGACGCCUCUGGCAGUGCAUUGGACGACCAUGCCAACCAGGUGAACCGAUGUGCAUUUUGUCCAGCUUGCAUAGGACUUGCUGCCAUGGCCGGUGGAGCCCCUGCAGGACGUCUGUCUUCUCUGAGCAGUGGGGUCGCUGUUGACAGCAGUUUGGACGGUGGUACAGCUGAAGAUGCCGCUGAAGAGCUGGCGGCUGUGUGGGCGGCUGCAGCAUCAGUGCCCGGCGCACGAGGCUGCUCGUCUGCGAAGGCACCGGGUGGUGUGGCUGUCGCCACAGUGAUUGGGCCGAGUCACCGACAGCCGCAGAAACAGCUACAGACGGCCUGCAAGCGGACACGAAGGAGAGAUCGUAGAGGCAAACAGUGGAGUCAGGAUAAGCAAGAGUUUGUGACUGUUCGUCACGGAGAAGAAGAGGAUGGGGAUGAUGAAGAUGAGGGUGAUGCAGAAGAAGACGAAGUGGAUGGCGAGGAAGACGAGGAAGAAGAGGACGAGGAGUAUGGAGAUGAAGACGAGGAUACAGUCGUAGAUACGGAAGGAAUACAAGCCAAUCUGGUUCACUUGCAUGGUGAUACAGCUGCCUUGCGACACCGACCUGUUGUGAGGACGAGGUCGGUUGGUCCGGAUCUAGAGUCAUUCUUAAUUGAAUGCAUUCGACCAGGAAAUGCUGACAUGGCCUUGAAUACUGCCAACCAGCGCUGGUCGCCACAUGAUGCUAAAGGGAAUUUCCGACGAUCAUCAGGUUAG